AUAAAUUUAAAUUUAAUUUCAAAAUGUUGUACCUAAUAACCAUAUCCAAAAACUGUUAAGCUUCCGCUUGACUCGGAAGUUGACUUUUGUUCAGUUUGAAACGCGUCACCACCCAAAAUGCAAGUGCUUUUCUUGAUUCCCUUGCUUUUGGGAGUAGUCUUGGGUAAUAUUGUACCAAAACUUUGCGAUAAUGGAACCGGGCAGUGCAAGCAGUUAAGCGACUGCCCCACCAUAUUUCAUAACCUGGCUGAGAUCGGACCUUUUGUGAAAUAUUGCGAUGAGUUCAACGACAUUGUUUGCUGUCCCCUGCCAAUUAAUAUGCAAAGCCAGGAGCAGCCAUUCUCCGCCGGAGCCAGGCUCAGGAAAUUUGAGAAGGAAUGUCGCCGCUAUAAUGAGAUAAGAGCUUCCUGUCGUUCCACGCCUUUUAUUGUGGGUGGCGUCAAGGCCGAGGGCCGCGAAUUCCCCUUCAUGGCGCUGCUGGGGCAGCGUAGGAAAAAUUCUUCCAAGACUCAAUGGGACUGCGGUGGCACCCUCAUUCAUCCCAAGUUCGUGCUGACCGCCGCCCAUUGCCUGGAGACCAGUGAGACCAAAGCUCAGCGCCUGGAUCCCAACUACGACAGCCCCAAGUAUGUGGUGAGACUGGGAGACCUGGACUACAAUAGCAACACGGAUGAUGCCCAGCCCCAGGACUUUUUGGUGGUCAACUAUGUGGUGCAUCCCGGCUAUGGCGAGGAUGACUUUACUGGUGGCCGCUUCAAUGACAUUGCUCUCCUUGAACUGGACAAGGAGGCCACUUUCAAUGAGUAUGUGGCACCUGCCUGCCUGCCCCCCGCCAGCGGAAAUGAGUACCUCCAGGUGACAGCCGCUGGCUGGGGAGCCACUUCAGAGGGUGGAAAAUCCUCCUCGCAUCUCCUCAAAGUCACCCUGGAUAGGUUCGGGGAGCAGCAGUGCAGCGAACGCUUGAGCCACAAGAUCGAUGUGCGCACUCAGCUCUGUGCGGGAUCGCGGAGCAGCAGUGGCGAUACUUGCUACGGGGAUUCCGGUGGACCCGUCUUCGUUCAGCAUCCCGUUUACACGUGCCUCAAGCAUGUGAUUGGCAUCACGUCCUAUGGAAUAGUGUGCGGCGUUCGGGGAUUGCCCAGUGUUUACACCAAGGUCCAUCUAUACACCGACUGGAUAGAGAAUAUUGUGUGGGGAGAAUGAGUUUGAAAAUGUAGCAUUUGGAAAGUGCAAACCUGAAACAUAAACCCUCUGUUUUAUAGACAGAAGCAGCCGACAUUGAUAACCAUUAAAGCUCAGUUA